GUCGGGAGCCGGCGGCGGCGCUGCGGCCGCGAGGGAGGGCAGCGGGAGCAGUGGGGCUGGGCGAGGAUCCCCGGGCCAGCCCAGCGGGCUCUGCCGUGGCGACAUUCCGGCCGACACUUGGGACCCUGCGGGCGGCGUCGCAGGUUGAGGAAGUGAAGAGAAUAGGCAUAAAUGGUGGGAAAUUUCCAUCAACUUGGAAAACACAAUAGAAUAAAUAAUUCUUGGCCACGAGGUGAGAGCCCAGAGAGUCACAAGGUCAAAGGAUCCUGUCCCAUUUGUCUGUGGUGACAGCCCCCCUCCCCCCAAAAAGGAAUGCCUCACCCUUGAACAAUGCAAGUGUCCCUGGGAAGCUGAAAAGGUACAUGCAAAAGAUGAAAUAAAUCACAUCAUUUCAGAAAUUUCUGCUUGGUAGAUUAGCCAGACAAGAAGGGCCAAUCUAUCUACGUUCUGAGUGCCACUGUCUACAAGACCCUCAUAACAGAGCUGAGGCCCAAGUCCAGCGUGCCACCAUACCCCACCCCAGACAUUACUCUGGGGUCUGCCCGAGGCCAUCAGUGUGAAGAUGACCAGUGCCUUCCUAGCAUGACUACCUUGGACCAUGUGAUUGCUACCCACCAGUCAGAGUGGGUCUCCUUCAAUGAGGAGCCACUCUUUCCUGUUCCUUCUGAGGGGGGCACCGAAGAGCACCUCCCAGGACUGUCUUCUUACUCAGACCGGUCUGAGAGCUCCUCCGGGGAGAACCAUGGGGCACAUGGAGGCUCUCAGGAACUUUCCCACUCAGAGCAGGAUGACUCCUCUGAAAAGUUGGGCCUCAUCUCUGAAGCGGCGUCCCCUCCUGGGAGCCCCGAGCAGCCCCCACCUGACCUGGCCCCGGCCUUCAGCAACUGGGUUCAGUUUGAAGAUGACACACCCUGGGCCAGCACGUCUCCACCUCAUAAGGAAACAAGGGAGACAGCCAUACUAUUGACCAUGCCCUGCUGGACAUGCCCUUCCUUCGACUCCUUGAGGAGAUGCCCUCUGACCUCCGAGAGCAGCUGGACCACACAUUCUGAAGACACCAGUAGUCCUAGUUUUGAUCCCUCAUACACCGACCUGCAGCUUAUCAAUGCGGAGGAACAGAUGAGUAGCAGGGCUUCUCAGGCUGACUUGACUGGUCCAGCCCAAGUGCCUACUCCUCUGGGAAGCCACCUUGGAUUCCUUGUCAUGCGCCCCAGAGAUGCACCAACACCCCAAGACGAGAGGACGGAGUGGCAGACAGGCAGGCAGACGGCGGUGAGUCCUGUUCAAGCAUGCACGGAGCAUACCUCUACCUGCACCCAAGUCCUGGACCCCUCACCACCCUUACCCCACCCCAGGAGGAGCCAGAGCCCCUGCGGGGGUCCGGAGGGGGCCUCUGCUCCCAAUGACAGUUCUUCCUCACUCCAGGAAGAUGAAGAGGUAGAGAUGGAGGCCGUCAGCUGGCCAGCCAGUAGUCCAGCCACGAAUGGACACCCUGCAACUCCAGUGACUUCUGCUCGUUUCCCCAGCUGGGUCACUUUUGAUGACAAUGAAGUCAGCUGCCCUUUGCCACCAGUCACCUCUCCCCUGAAGCCAAACCCACCACCUACUGCAUCUGUGAUCCCAGAUGUAUCUUAUCACUCAGCUGGGUCAUUUAAGAAGAGGGAACGUCCCAAGAGCACAUUGAUGAACUUUUCCAAAGUUCAGAAGCUGGACAUUUCCUCCUUAAACCAUCCGCCUUCCAUAACCGAGGCUCCACCUUGGAGGGCAACCAAUCCUUUCCUGAAUGAGACUCUGCAGGAUGUACAGCCUUCCCCCAUCAACCCUUUCAUUGCUUUUUUUGAGGAGCAGGAGAGACGCUCCCAAAACAAUUCCGUUUCCAGUGCCACAGGCAAAAGCCAAAGAGAUUCUCUCAUUGUCAUCUACCAAGAUGCCAUCAGUUUUGAUGACUCAAGCAAAAACCAGUCACACUCUGAUGCCGUUGAAAAACUCAAACAACUCCAGAUUGAUGAUCCUGAUCACUUAAGCAGUGCGACACUACCAGAUGAUGACCCGAAAGCCUGGAUUGAACUAGAUGACCACCCACCUGGUUCAAUGCUGUCCCAGCCCAGGGAUGGAUGGCCAAUGAUGCUAAGGAUCCCUGAGAAGAAAAACAUCAUGUCGUCUAGGCACUGGGGACCCAUCUACAUCAAACUGACAGACAGUGGUUACUUGCAGCUGUAUUAUGAGCAGGGCCUAGAAAAACCAUUCCGUGAGUUCAAGCUGGAGAUCUGCCAUGAAAUUUCGGAACCCCGGCUCCAAAACUAUGACGAGAAUGGCAGGAUCCACAGCUUACGAAUAGACCGUGUCACCUACAAGGAGAAGAAGAAAUACCAGCCCAAACCUGCUGUGGCCCACACAGCAGAGAGGGAACAAGUGAUCAAGCUGGGCACCACCAAUUACGAUGACUUCCUCAGUUUCAUCCGAGCUGUUCAGGACCGGCUCAUGAAUCUACCAGUGUUGUCAAUGGACUUAAGCACAGUGGGCUUGAACUACCUUGAAGAGGAGAUUACUGUGGAUGUCAGGGAUGAGUUCUCUGGCAUUGUGAGCAAGGGAGACAACCAGAUUCUCCAGCACCAUGUCCUGACACGGAUCCACAUUCUGAGUUUCCUCUCUGGGCUUGCAGAGUGCCGCUUGGGCCUCAACGAUGUCCUUGUCAAAGGGAACGAGAUAGUUUCCCGGCAGGACAUCAUGCCGACCACCACCACAAAGUGGAUCAAGCUCCAUCAGUGCCAUUUUCAUGGGUGUGUGGAUGAGGAUGUAUUCAACAACUCACGGGUUAUUCUGUUCAACCCUUUGGAUGCCUGCCGGUUUGAGCUAAUGCGGUUCAGGACAAUAUUUGCAGAAAAGACCUUGCCUUUCACACUCAGGACAGCAGCAAGCAUCAAUGGGGCAGAGGUGGAGGUGCAGAGCUGGCUGAGGAUGUCAACCGGCUUCUCCUCUAACCGAGACCCUCUCACCCAGGUUCCCUGUGAGAAUGUGAUGGUUCGUUACCCCGUGCCCAGUGAGUGGGUGAAAAACUUCCGCAGGGAAAGUGUCCUGGGGGAAAAGUCUCUAAAAGCUAAAGUGAACCGGGGGGCAAGUUUUGGUUCAACUAGUGUAUCUGGCUCUGAGCCUGUCAUGAGAGUAACUCUGGGAACUGCCAAGUACGAGCAUGCCUUCAACUCCAUUGUGUGGAGGAUAAACCGACUGCCUGACAAAAACUCGGCUUCUGGUCACCCACACUGUUUCUUCUGCCACCUUGAACUUGGCUCUGACCGGGAAGUGCCUUCCAGAUUUGCCAGUCACGUGAAUGUUGAGUUCAGCAUGCCCACAACUUCUGCCUCUAAAGCUGCCGUAAGAUCCAUCUCUGUGGAAGACAAGACUGAUGUCAGGAAGUGGGUCAAUUAUUCUGCACACUACAGCUACAAGGUGGAAAUUGAGCAAAAAAAGAGUUUGAAGCCAGACUUUGAAGGAGAUGAAAUGGAAAAUCCCAAGGAGUGUGGGGUCCAGUGACAAAGCCCUACUGCAGGGGGCAUGACCCAAGUUCUCAUGAAUAGCUGAAGUUCAAGUCAGUACCUACCAUGACUACUCCAUGUUCAGAACAGUAUUUUGGACCUUCCUUUUGUAGUUACCUGUAUUUUAACAGGAAACCUUGAGGUGGUUGCUUUGGAGAGACCCUGAUAUGCCUGAUGAUGCACCUAGUUCACCUGACUUUUGGGGCUUAUUGUCUAAUUAAGCCUCCUUUUCUUCACUCUGCUUAUCUCACAGCUGUUGGGUGUGGUUUGUUGUCACUGUUGGAGUCAGGAAGAGAACCUUCCACAUGAGUGUUGGCCCCAUUUCCUUCUGAUGUUCAUCUGUCACUUACAUGAUUUUCUAGAAAACACAGUCUUGAGAAAGUUCAUUCAGAAUCCACCUCUGUCACUCCCUCUAGAAAAAGGUUCAGAAGAGGUGAGGUACAAAACACAUUUCCUCUUUGGGUCUACUAGGCUCUUUGUACAUGUCUCCAUUCUUUAAAUGUUAACACUAUGCAACAGAAGUUUUCAAGACGUUUCCCUCCCAGUUCUGGAUGGUUUUGAUUAAAACACUUUUUCCAUCUCUCUGUUCCCAGGGUUCACCACCCUGAGUCACAAUAAACAAUGGAAAAAAGGCACAA